AUGUUUAUCUUAGCAGUCUUGAGGGACACUAUUCAUAUUCAACCGUAUGAUUUUCAUAAACCCAAAUUCGAUGCGUUAACUGACGAAAUCAAUCGCAUAUAUGCAAAUAAGGUUAUUCAAGAUGUAGGCCUUUGUAUAUGCUUAUUCGAAAUAAUAUCUGCAAGUGAAGAAAUUGUCCAUUAUGGUGAUGGCGCGAGCUAUGCGAAAGUUGUGUUCCGUCCAUUUAUUGGUGAAAUAAUUGAAGGAACCGUAUCUAGUAAUACGUUUGAAGGUGUCAAAGUGUGGGUGCGUUUGUGGGAUAGUCAAAUUCCAGAGGAAAACUGGACAACACCCGAAGAUAAGUAUCUAUAUAUGUAUAUGGAUAAAGAUACUACUAUUAGAUUUCGUGUCAUAGAAGAAAAAUUUACUGAUGUUGGGACAAAAGGUCCGCCACCAAAAAGGACAGGUGCUGUAGCGGGUCAAAAAGUUCCAAUGCCAUCAUCAUCUUCUUUACCAUCAGACGUUAUGAUUGUAGGUAAUAAUCGUGGUGGAAGUAUCCAAAAUGUAAAUACUGAUACUACUAUAAAUGCUCCAACCGGAGGCAAAUUGGUUCCGUAUGAAUUGUUUGAUAUUGACGAUAUGGCAGACUUACUUGCGGAAAAGGUGACACUAAUAUUAUCCGUGUAUUUUCCUUUUUUUGUACCUUGUACAAAAGGAUGUGAAGGAUCUAAUUUGCGUUCUUUUGUUACUACUGCUGAACCUUCAGCAAUUUCUGAGGGUGCAUCAGGUGUAGGGAUGG